AUGCAGUUAUCCAAGACAAAUUACACGAAUGGACGGUUCCAGCUCCAUAUGCAGGGUGAUGACAAUGUUGUGCUAUACAUUGUAUCUGUGCUAACUGAAAUCCUUUAUUGUGCUUAUUGGUAUAGUGGAACUGUGCAUCCUAAUUCCACCUCCCGGUUGACCUUCGAUGUAGCUGGCUACAUUUAUGUAGAAGAAGGGACCCCAAAAGUAUACAACCUUACACGAAAAGGCUCCGGUUUGAACCAAGAUUUCUAUCUCAUGGCUAGGAUUGAUUAUGAUGGAGUAUUCACGCAAUAUAGUCAUCCAAGAAACAACUGCACCACAAGUGUCAGAAGUUGCACUUCUUCCUGGUCUGUUGUUCACACAAUUCCACCGGACAUGUGCACAUUGGUGGGGUAUUUCGGCAGUGGGGCUCGUGGAUACAAUAGUUAUUGUGUCAUCAAUAAGGAUGGGAAGCCGCAUUGUUUGUGCCCGGAAGGGUACUCUAUGUUGGAUCCACUUGACCCGCAGAAAGGCUGCAAGCCCAAUUUUCAAUUUCCUAGCUGCCAACUAGAUGGAGGGGAACCAAAGAUUGACCUCAUAGAUUUCACAGAACAAAAUAACACAGACUGGUUCUUAUCAGAUUAUGACCUUCAGAUUGAAGCUGAGGUAGACAAAGAGACAUGUAAACAGUAUUGCCUCCGUGAUUGUUUCUGUGCAGCUGUGGUCUACAAUGGGAAUAAUUGUUGGAAGAAAAAGUUUCCUCUUUCCCAUGGAAGACAAUCCGUAAGUUUAGAUAGAACUACUCUUAUCAAGAAACAGCAGAAUUUGCAGCCUGUUUCAAGCAUGAAUGUGAGACGCUACGCAUACAAAGACCUUGAAAAGGCAACCGACAGCUUCAAGCAACAACUGGGCAAAGGUUCUUUUGGAACAGUUUACAAAGGUAUUUUAGGAUCAGAUCCUUGGAGGUAUGUAGCCGUGAAAAAAUUGGAAAAGAUGGUAACAGAAGGCAAGAAGGAAUUCAGAACAGAAGUAAGUGUGAUUGGCCAGACUCACCACAAGAAUUUAGUCUGUUUGCUUGGGUAUUGCGACGAGGGGGAGUACCGACUGUUACUAUAUGAGUACAUGAGCAAUGGCUCCUUAGCAAGCCUUCUCUUUGGGAUUUUCAAGCCAGAUUGGAACCAGAGACAAAAUAUUGCAUUCGAGGUUGCAAGAGGCUUCAUGUACUUACACGAGGAGUGUAGUACACAGGUCAUCCAUUGUGACAUUAAGCCACAAAAUAUUCUACUGGAUGAUUCAUUCACGGCGAGGAUUUCCGACUUCGGAUUGGCAAAGCUUCUGAUGAAUGAUCAGACUCGGACUGACAUAGGCAUUAGAGGAACCAAAGGGUAUGUUGCACCAGAGUGGUUCAGGAACAUUGCAAUUACAGCAAAAGUGGAUGUUUAUAGUUAUGGGGUCAUGUUACUAGAGAUCAUUUGUUGCAGGAGGAAACUUGAAAUGGAAAGGGAGAAUGAAGAGGAAGCAAUACUGUUUGAUUGGGCUUAUGACUGCAAUAAGGCUCAAAGAUUAGAUAAGCUGGUUGAUGAUGAAGAGGUAAGAAAUCACAUGAACAGGUUGGAGAAGCUAGUGAUGGUGGCAAUUUGGUGCAUCCAAGAUGAUCCAUCUUUGAGGACAUCCAUGAAGAAGGUAAUUCUGAUGUUUGAAGGUGUUGUCCAAGUUCCUGCUCCCCCUGUCCUUUCCGUUUCUCAUCAAUAUGGUGACAAUUGA